AUGGCAUCUGCACAGCAACUCAGCCUGCCCGACGGCCGCAUUCUAUCAUACGACCUCUCGGGCCCUGAGUCGAAGCCCGUCGUCUUGUUAGCCAACUCGCUUGCGGCGCCCUUUACGCUCUGGGAUCAUGUUGUCAAGGUUCUCCACGCCAACGGCUUCCGUACGCUGCGCUUUGACCAGCCGGGCCACGGCAAGUCGUCCGCACCAAAGAAGCUCGACACCGAGUUCGAGACGAUAGCCGACGACGUGCACUCUCUGGUCAAGUCGCUCAAGAUUGAGAAGCUCUUUGCCUGGAUCGGCGUGUCCAUGGGCGCCGCGACGAGCUUCUACUUUGCGACAAAGUACCCCGGCAUCAUCCAAAAGGUGGCCAUCUGCGACACCAUCAGCUCGUCGCCCAAGCACGCCGGGGUGGAGGACUUGUUCGGCCCGCGGGCCAAGGCGGCGGGCGAGGCCGGCAACAUGGAGGCCCAGGUCGACCAGACGAUGGACCGCUGGUUCGGCGCCGAAUGGAUCAAGGCCAACCCUGAGGAGGCGGCUCGGGCGCGCGCCAUCAUGAACCAGACUACCGUGGAGGGAUUCCAGACGUGUUGCUUUGCGCUGCAGAGCGAUAGCUUUGAUAUCCGGCCUCUGUUUGAGAGGAUUGGGUCGGGUGUUGACGAGGCGUUGCUGGUUGUUGGUGAAAAAGACGCGAACCUUCCCCAGGCGAUGCAGGAGAUGCGGGACAAGGUGGAGAAGGGGUUCAGGGCGGCUGGCAAGGACAACAAGAUUGAGCUCAAGUUGAUCAAGAACGCGGGUCACGUCCCGUUUGUGGACAACUUUGAGCAGUUCAAGGAGGUAAUUCUGAGCUACCUCAAGGCGUGA